AUGCCCCGAGAGAUCAAGAACCUCAAGGAGUUCCUCGCCAUUUGCAGCCGUAAGGACGUCCGCUGUGUGAAGGUUAAGCACAACCCAAAGGUAACCAAAUUCAAGGUACGCUGCAGCCGCUACCUUUACACCCUCGUGAUGGCUGACAAAAAGAAGGCUGACAAGAUCGAGCGGUCCAUUCACCCGACUGUGAAGAAGAUAACCGUCACUGCUCGCUCCCACGCCAAGAAGAACACACCAAGCAAGUAA